ACCUUUCAUUUUUGCGAUUAACAUCUAAGAAACACACACCUGUUUCUCAUUUUAAUUCCAGGUUUACCGUCCCAGUUGUUCCUCCGCCAGCUUGCAUUUUUGUCCAAGAAACCACUCGUGUAUACCCAAGGCAGAAAAGUGUGUUAGCACCAGUCUCUUCAGCUGCCCGGCAAACAGCAUCUGCAUGGGGUCUGGGGGAUGCUUGUCUACAUGUCAAAUACAGAACGUUUCGUUCUCUUUCAGUUCGUCUCCUCCGGCAGACUACGUCAUUGUUGCAGAGACUCAUCUAAAUAUCGAAAAACUCGGUAAAAAUCUCAUCGUGUCCGCACCCGAGAAUGCCACUAAAGUGCAAGCCGGUGACGUCAUUGGUUGGGCGGGUGACAUCUCCUCUGGAGCACUGGCGUUUGAACAAACGACCAACGAUCCUUCGUUCUUUUAUUCCGGCUCAAAGUUCAACCUUUCUGUGGGAGACUUUUUGGCUGCUUCAGGGGGAGCUACUCCGUAUGAUAUCAAACAUGUGUUACGAGCUCAUGUUUCCCAGCCCUCGCAGGCAGCUGUUAAUGUGAGUUUUAUUGGAGCAGGCAUUCACAAAGUGACUACUGGCGUAGAAAACGAGGCUGUAAAUGUACUGCAGACUUGUGAGGUGUCCGUCCAGGAGCGCAUCGAAAAUCUCAAAAUAAUGACACCAUUCACAAACGUGAGCUAUGCAACAGGGCAGAAAAUCCGCCUACAGAGCGCCACAGACAAAGGAAGCAAUGUGAGCUACGUAUGGACAACGAAAGGAACAAGUUAUCCCCUGGAAAACCCUGAAGUAGUCUACGAUCACAUUGGUUUCUUUCCAAUUUCUGUCCACGCCAGCAACAACAUAAGCUCGGCGUUCGCCGCUUUAGUAAUAAGGAUACUCAAGCCAGCGUCAUUAGCAUGGAGGGAGAGACCACCGUCGGAGAUUAACGUGGACCAAACAUUUAAUUUAACGGUCGUCGUAAACGGAACAAACGUUACGAUAACCGUAGACUUUGGUGACGGGUCACCGGCUUACGAGGCCUUCUACGAGUCAGCUGAAAACACUCCUAUUAACGUUUCACAUAGUUACACUAAGUACGGAAAGAAGAUUGGUUCUAUCAAGGCAAAGAACAACAUAUCAACAUCUCCAUUGCCAUUACAAUUUACUGUUCAAGUCAUGGGUGAAAUAGGUGAGAUUUUGAUACAGCUUCACCCUGCACCAACCGUCGAGAAAGUGUUAAAAAUUGCUACUAAACAACAGUUCGAAAUCGGUAUAUCUGUCUCUGUUAGGCAGGCAGUGAACUACACGUUUGAUUUUGGGGAAGACUCAUUAUCUACGGACGUCGUCACCGACGAUGGCGACACGAAGGUAACACACACGUACGACAAGGAAGGUGAAUAUAACAUCACGAUAACAGCACGUGUGUUUGAGUACAAAGAAGAAAGGUUUGUUCACGUAACAGCCCGGCCGUGUGGUCCACCAGCGAUAUAUUUUCCUAACAGCUACACAGAAAAAGACCCUCAAAUUAUCACCAGAGGGACUGAAAUUGAUUUCUUGAAAAUCCGCGUAGAGAAGCCAACGGAGUGCUCCCAGGAAUUAGUAGAUCCUAAAUAUUUGUGGAAUAUCUCUCCCUCGCCAGUUCAACCAAUUUCCAAGGCUGAUAUGGAGGGGGCGUCCUUCGAACUAGAACCGAGGCGUCUGGAUAGCGGAAACUACUCUGUCACGCUAAACAUUAGCUACAAUGACACAAAAAUCACUCAGACUGAGGAGAAAUACUGGUUUAACACUCACCUUAGAGUCGUAAGCUCUCAACUCGUGGCUUCAAUCAGCGGGGGCAGUGCUCUAGAAAUUGAUUCAAGCACAAAGACCUCACUGAAACUCGACGCGUCGAAUUCUUUUGACCCGGACAACCGUGACGGUAAAUUGAACUUCGAUUGGAUGUGCAGGUUUGAGCACAAUUCAGUGCUGGCAGUUCCAGAUGAACUUUGCAAUUCGACCGUGUUCGUCAAACCUCCUGGUGUCGGCGAUCAGGGCAUCGUGACGCUCCGUGUAAACAGAUUUCGGGAAAAUGUCACGUACGUCUUCAAGGUGACAGUGAGUGAAGGCUCGCGAUCCGAAUCAGCAGAGCAACGUGUGAAGUUUCUCCCAAACAUUCCGUCUUUAGAGAUAAGGAAUGUUGAUUUUUGGUAUAACACUUCCGCCUAUUUUUCUUUUAGACCUAAAAGCGGCGAAGCUGUGAAGACCUUGUUCAAAAUAGGAUGUGAAAACUGGGUAACUAAGGACAACCCUAUAUCAUACAAAUUUCGCUAUCAAGUGAAAAUAACGAACUUGGCGGAGAUAAAUACGCUAUCAACAGAAUCUCAAGUGUACCAGCUGUGGUAUUUUGGCGAGAGAAUGACUCCGUCAAGAUUUCUUCCUAUAGGAGACCCGCAGAAUGACUUUAAGCUCAAUCUCUCCGCUCGCAUUUGCAACAAGUAUGAGUGUUGUGUCGACGUUUUUCUAGACGCCACGGUGAAAAAAGGAGAAGAUCAGGAAGUAAGUGGUGAAAGCAUUGGAAAAGAACUGGACAAAGUAGAUGCUAAGAAAGACCCUCAAAAAGUUGUUCAGCUUGUAAACUCUGUCACGUCAAUCAUUAACUACGGCAACCAAUCAGAUACCGGAACGCGUGAAGAAAGAACCAAGAUUCGCUCAGAGUUGGUCAAUAAAUUAACGGGCGUCGAUUUAACCGACACCACUCAAGCUCAGCAGACGGUCGGUGCCUUGAUAGAAGCCACUAAACACAAAACAGAAUUGACGCCAAAAACUCAACAAAAAGGGGCAGACAUAAUCGAGAAGGCGAGCUCUCUUUUGAAUCAGGACGCUCAAAAUCUCGGACCUGUGAUAGUGGAGGAACAAUCACGAGAGAUUUUAACUGCUUCUUCCAACGUGUUGGAAGCCUCCAAAGAAACUACCUCACCUUACAUCGAACAAGUUAUCAAGGAGAUAUUUCCGACAACCGGUCCGCCACCACGUGCUUGGUCGAUUCGGAUUAGUUCUCGGAACAAUCAACAGGAUGCCAAAGAUUCGAAAGAUGUGGUAGAUACGACCUUGAAGGCAAUCAACCUCGUCAGUGAAGCAAUUCAAAAGAAGAGAGUAGCUAAGGAAGGCGAAACAGUAGUUAGAACAAAAGCGUUUUAUAUGAAUCUGAGGCGCACGCGAAAAAACGCUUUCAACACCUCGGUGUACACCGUCGCGGAGGCGUCUGAUGUGCGGGUUAGUCUGCCGAGUCCAAAUGUAGUCGUGGAAGACUUAAGCGGCGACGGUCCCAUCGACGUCCAGUAUACCUCAAUGAAGAAUGUUUUCCUCUCAGAUGCCAUAAAUUCGCCGUAUAUUCAACAGACCCAAGGUUUCGCAUUAAAACAAGGAGAUAAAGAGAUCAAAAUUAAAGAUCUCUCAGAGGAUCUUGAAGUCAACAUCCCGACCGAUUUAACAAGUACGUCUCAAAGUUACAGUGAGGAAUUCAUGGCGGAAACCAAGAACAGCCACCGUUUCCGGUUCCCUCCUGACUACAAAUACUAUCCAUUACUAGUUCACGUAAAACCAGAAAACAACAAAACGUUAACAGCCCUUCUUAACAUCACUUUUGAAGAGGGUUCUCCUGGCGAGUACGAGCUUAGUUUCUCGCCAAAGUCUGAGGACAAAGACGCGCCAUCGUCGCCUUUCCGCAAAGUUGAUAAUUUCACGUACAGGGCUGAGGAAUUACCCUCGAGGCCAGUCUUUUUCAACUUGACCGUCAUGGUCACGGGGCCGUUUCCAGAGCGCGAGGUAUCCGGCAACGAAUCACGUGGAGUGCAGGUGAAUUAUACUGUAGCCAUUUAUUCUGCAAGAUGCAUGUUUUGGAGCAUGGAGGAAGGCAAAUGGCUCGAGGAUGGUUGUAAGUUCAUGUUCUCGCAGGUUGAACGGCUGGUACCGCUGGCUAGUAAAGCUGAACUCACGGAAUUUGGCCAUCUGUUUGUUGCCAGGACUCGCCGUAACCUCAGCGACAGUCAUUUAUGGUUCUCAGUCCUUGCUCGUCCAGCUAACAGCCGAUUUACGCGAGUACAGCGCUUGUCCUGUUGCCUGUGCCUAUUGUUCAUGUCAAUGAUGGCCAGCGGUAUGUACUAUGAAAGACAAGACGAUCCAUCGAACGUGCAGCAAAUUGGCUCGGUUGUCUUCACGUGGAAUCAGGUACUCGUAGGAAUCAUUUCAAGUCUUAUCGUCUUUCCAAUUAACUUGAUCGUGGUACAGAUCUUUCGCAACGUCCGUCCAAAGCCAAAAAUAAAACCCAAGAAACAACAACUAUCGCCGCCUGCUCUGUCCUUCACCGAAGAGAACCUCGAGAACUACAACCAGUUAAAAGAAUCGUCGGACGAAUCUGCUAAAGGAUCAAGCAACAGCCUGGAUUCCUCGCGAGAAAAAAACAACAGGACCCGGCUGUCAAUCAAUGACGUACACACUGACGUAGACCGCGCAAGUUUUACCGAUAGUCCGCUGCUAAUCGAUCGCAGGCUCAGCACCACUUUCGAGAUAGCUCCGACAUCUCGUGCACGCCGCUUACUGUUGUGGUUCAAAAAGAGGAAUACUCUACCUCACUACUUCGUGUAUGUGGCCUGGUUUUUGCUGUUCGUCUUCACCACUGGAUCUGCUGCGGUCGUCGUCUUUUACGGCAUGGAGCUUAAAAAUAUCAGGUCCCUUCAGUGGCUGUUUUCGUCGUGUGUGUCAUUCGUGCAGGAUGUGUUCGUCACACAGCCACUCAAGGUACUUGGCUUGGCUGUGUUCUUUGCCCUUGUCGUUAAAAAACCUGACAAAGGUGAAUUCGAAAUCACAGAAGAAGCACUCAAACUUGCUGAGGACGAAGAAUUUAUCCAACAGUCUGGUGCGAAUCCGGGCGAGGCAAGGAGCAAGAAAACAACGCUUCUACCUCCCGAUCAAGCGAAACUAAUCGCCAUGAGAGCAGCCAGAAUGAAGGAACGAAAAAUGUAUUCUGUCAUCCGUGAAGUCGUGACCUUCUACGUAUUUCUGGCUCUGCUGCUGAUGAUUGCGUAUACUCACCGCGACCAGAUUGCUUACCAUCAGACUCAAAACCUUUACAACGUGAUAGGCGGCGGGGACUUUUCCAAUUUAACCAACGAGAAAGAGUUCUGGAAUUGGUCUCGCACUCAGUUCUUGGACGGAUUGUUCCCCAAAACAUGGUACAAUGGCCAAGCAAGAAAUCCCGACGGAUUUAUGGCUGAUGGCUACAGUCAGAUGGUAGGAGCAGCGAGGAUGAGACUCGUCAGAAUAAAGAAAGAAUCCUGCGAAGUUCCAACAGAAGUGUACGGUAUCACUAAAGAAUGUUACGGGGAAUACUUCAUUACUAAGGACGAUAAGAAUGAUUACACGGAGGGAUGGGAAAACAUCACUACUUACAACACCGAAAUAUCAUGGGACGACAUGCAAUGGCGGUAUCAGAAUGCUUCUCAGCUAGAUGGGUAUCCCUUCUGGGCCCAGCUGAACACCUACAGUGGAGGAGGCUACGUGAUCGUCCUUGAACCUGGCAUGGAAAAUCGCGACCGAAUAGAAAAACUCCAGAACGAUCUUUGGAUCGAUCGUCACACACGCGCCAUCUUGACAGAGUUCACCAUCUACAACGCACAAAGCAACUUGUUCUGCAUUAUCACGCUCGUGGCAGAAUUUCCCGCCACUGGCGCCAUCAUACCCUACGCUAGUAUCCUGACUGCGCGCCUGUACGACUUCACUAACAACAUCAUGUUCUUGGUUCUGGCGUGCGAGAGCAUAUUUGUGAUGUUCAUCCUGUUUUUCACGUAUCGUGAAGUCAAGCGCAUUUAUAAAACCGGCAUCCAAGCUUAUCUCAAAGAGUUUUGGAAUUGUGUUGAGUUAGGCAUCAUCUUGUUUACCUUCGCAGCCAUAGUGCUAUACGUUUAUCGCGCACUCACAGUCAGAAACGUCCUAGAUCUAGUGCGACAGGAUCCAUUCCACUUCAAGAGCUUUCAGUUCGCGGGGUACUGGGACGAGACCUAUACGUUCAUCUUGGCCAUAAUUGUCCUCCUUGCCAACAUAAAACUAAACAAGCUGCUCCGAUUUAACAAGCGCUUCUCUCUAUUGUCAUCCACGCUCAAGUACGCUUACUAUCCUUUGCUGAUGUUCAGUAUUGUCUGGGGCAUUGUCUUCACCGCCUUCACGCUGGUCGCCGCGUUGGUUUUCGGACCCGUACUGCAUAGCUACCGCAGUGUGGUCGCCUCGCUCACGUCCCUCCUGAGCCUGAUGCUGGGAAGGACGGCCUACUUUGAGAUGCGCGACGCCAAUCGCAUUCUUGGUCCCCUCUUCUUCUUUGGGUUCAUGUUCAUGAUGUCAUUUGUCCUCAUCAACAUGUUUCUGUCCAUAGUGGUGGAUUCCUUCCGCGUCGUCAAACACGACAAUGACAAGCAAUCGAAUGAAUACGAGAUCGUCGAUUUCAUCAUCGAGCGCUUUAAGCUUUGGUCGGGAAUUGGUAAGACGCGAAGGCCGCACAGUCGCGGACGUGUUCUUUGGGACACAGCGGCGAAUCGCGUCAAGGCCGUCAACGUGUUGGGCAGAAAACGCCACUCUCUCAUGAUCACAGGUCUGCACGAGGACACAGUCUCAGAGCUCGAGAACCGACUUGAGAAACUUAUUGACCGAACUGAUGUGUUGUAUGAAGAACUUUUCCCUGAAAAGAGAUACAAGAUUCCCGGAAAGCGUGGUGGCGGUGACAAGAAAGAAAGAAAACCCGUUUCUAAGGCAGAUCUACUUGAGGGACAAACCGGCUGAUAGCGGGAACUUUAUAUUCAGGGGACUCCACAAGGGCGGGUUUUUGUGUAAGAUAUCAACAGUUCUACUUAACGCGUACUUUAAAUGUAAUUAAGAAUUCAGACAGAUUCACAUUCAUUCCCAGGCUUUUGUUCAAGACGUUAGUCUCAGAAACAAUCCCAGCCUAAUCUCCAGGGUUUCACAUUCUAAUUCGAAAUGGCGCGAUAGCGCAAAACUCGCACAAUAAUUAAUAUCCUUGGAGAAGGUUGGGGAUGGCACUGUAUAAUGAGAUCUGCGAGACAGAUCUAGCCUAGUAAUCUGCGCCAAAUGAUUAAAUCCAAAAGCGCCGCUUUUCUAUUAUUUAAUUAAAGUUUUUGAGAACGAUUGGACUAUCUGCACAGAUCACUGUAUCGAGGCUCUUCAUGCACAAUUGAGAGAGUCUG